AUGCAUGUGUUAUCGCUGUGCGUAUUGGCGUCGAUCGUCGUCGCGACGUCUUCGCUCAGUUGCUACAUUUGCAACAGUCUGAUGCAAUCUGAUUGCGAGGACAACUACCAGCAGUUCUUGAGGGUACUUUUUUCAUGGCUCUGUUUUAAAUGGAAGUAUGGAAAAUAAAAUUGAAGUGGGUCAAUUACCGCGUCUAUAGGUUUUUUAUCUACUUUUUACGGUUUUUUGUGUCGCUAAUGUCUAUUGAACGGUGAAUGUAGCUUGCAUUUGAAGUGAUUUCAUUCAUUAAGAUUCUAUGACCUUAUUCUGAAAUUUUCAAGGUCAGAUAAGGAUCUUAUAGCCUAUAUUCAAUUUUUUUUUCAUUUUACCCGGCUUUGACUUAUGCGAGAAUCAAGUGUAAACCCGAAUUGAGAUUUUUUAAUUUUUUUGAACUCAUUUGAAGUACACAGUUCUUGUAUGCUUUUGCAACGUCUAGCCUCGAAAAUUGCUUUUUUCAGAUUCUUGGACUAGUAUUAGAUCAAUUCGAGUGAAAUCUCUAUAUGGAAAUAAAGGCUCUUUGAACCUUUGAAUAUCAAAAAUUCUACUGAAAACUUUGUGUUUCCAGCCGUGUCCGGUGAAAAGUUUCGGAGGCCAAAAAGCCGUGAAGCCAAUCGCCUGCCGUGUUUCCCGGCAAUAUAUCAGCGGUUCGUUUCGUACUGCAAUCAGUCGGGUUGAGCCCCGCCAAAUGAUGGAUUGACCCCAACCAUUAUUUUCUUCUUUAUCUUACUUUAUCUAAAGAGAUUUUCGGCGAAUUUAAAGACGUUUCCGAAAAUGCAGCAAUGAAAAAUGAUUGAAGGAGGUGAAUUUUUUGGCUAAUCAGAUUUAUGUAAAAUUCAGAGUUGUUUCAAGUUUCAAUUGAUAUAAUUUGUGUCCCAAAUCAUCCAACUUACUAUAUUUAUUCUCAAGUUUUACAAGAAUGUAAACUAUGCAGAAAAAAAUGAAAGAUUAAAAAAACUUUUUCCUUUUUUUAUCGAAAAACUAGAAAAAUAAAUGAGUAAGUCAUGAAAAAAACAAAGUUAAAAGAAUUCAUUAUUGCUUAAAGAAAUACUGAAAACACAGAAAAGUCAACUUUUCAGACGAAUAUUCUAUCGUCCGUGAGUGCGCCUACACUGGAGAGGACGUCGUCGGAAAGUCUAAUAAGGUAUUUUUUUCUUCAAUUUUGAAAAUAAUCAAUGCAAAAAAAUUCGGAGAUUCCAGUUCAAAAAAAGAAAAGAUAUUCUUCGAACCUUUUUUUGCAAAAGUUUUUUACAAUUCGUGUAAAAAAAUCUUCGUUUCAAGCCAAAUGUGACAGUACUCGUUCUCGUUUAAAAUCUUUUUUUUUUCAUGUUUACCGUAAUUUUUGAAGUUUUCAAUGACAUCAUUUCAAUUCUGAACCGCUUCCUGAUAGUUGCGAUUUUAGGGUUCGAUGGGAGGUCUCGCGAGUUUUCUCACAGUGCUCGGACAAGCCCGGCUGCAACUCGGCCGUUUCCCUGACCUCCUUCCUCAUUGUUUCUGUGUCAUUGUUUUCUUCCCUCUUCCUUUUCUUCUAAAUUCCCCUCUUUCAAAAAGAAGUAUCUUUCCAAGUCUCAAUAACUUCAAAAAAGGCCUUCAUAGUCCUGUUAUCUCCUAG